UCCAUGCCCAUAACUCUAUUUCCUUCCAACUUUCGUUCCUCUCAGUCGUGCUGCUCUGGGCGAUGCAGGUUGGAGCACAAACCACUUUCCCGACGACGGUCGAGGUGGACUUGAUCUUCCCACGCAACGACACGUAUGCGCCGUCGACACUCUUCCCUGUCGUCUUCGCUUUCCAGAACGCGGCGCUGGCUCCAUCACUCGACCCCUCCCUUAGCUUCCUGCUCUGGGAUAACACCUUUGAUCACGCGAAAGAUUAUAAAGUGAACCUGAAGUCGACCAACUUUACCACCGAGCCCACCUUUGUGUACAUGUUUAUCUCGACACUCAACACAACAGCUGAUGGGGCGCCGGCGUCCUACUCGGUGUCGUGGGAGCUUGGCCAGCACAACUGCUCCCACCACGGGAUCCUGCCUUUCCAGAACAUCGGCGGUGGCUUCCGUGGUACCGGUGUGACAUUUACCAUUGCAAACGGCGCUCCGGAGCCCGACCUCGUGGAGGCAACGACAAACAGCACCUUAUGCACCGACGCCAGCUAUUUCGCCUUCAAUCUCACGGGCAUUCUAGACGGGUCUUCGGGGCAGUACGACGGCCGCAACACGUGCGCCGUGCUCUCGGACGUGCAGCCCCUGGUGGACGGCGACCCGUGUGCAGUCCACGUGGACUCGGCCGCAGCGAGCAGCAUCUCGGCCGCUCUCACAGCCACGGCAUGCACGUACGACAAUCCCGUGGUGAGCUGUCCCAGCAAGCAGAACGCGGCGGCGGCGGAUACGAAGACUGGGUUCCCAGCCAUGCUAAGCGGCUUCGUCGCGGCAUUGGUUGCCAUGCAGCUUUUGUAG